GCAACUAGCUGUGGUGUGUCUCGGUGCUUUUUUUUUUUUUUUUCUGGCUUCCCCACGCGGACUGCAAUUGACUGAGUAGAGGCGCGGCGUCUCGCCGCCGCGACCUGAGGAAGCCGCCGCUCCGUCAGAGCGUGCGGGCCCGCACAGAGCGUUAGCGUCUCGGUGCCAGUUCGUGGGGCCCCCGGGCCGCUUCACAGCCAUGAGCUACGGUCGCCCGCCUCCCGAUGUGGAGGGCAUGACCUCUCUCAAGGUUGAUAACCUGACGUACCGCACCUCGCCCGACACCUUGAGGCGCGUUUUCGAGAAGUACGGGCGCGUCGGCGACGUCUACAUUCCGCGGGACCGCUACACCAAGGAGUCCCGCGGCUUCGCUUUCGUUCGCUUCCACGACAAACGCGACGCCGAAGACGCCAUGGACGCCAUGGACGGGGCCGUGCUGGACGGCCGCGAGCUGCGCGUGCAGAUGGCGCGCUACGGCCGCCCGCCGGACUCGCACCACAGCCGCCGCGGGCCGCCCCCCCGGAGGUACGGGGGCGGCGGCUAUGGACGCCGGAGCCGCAGCCCUCGGAGGCGCCGCCGCAGCCGCUCUCGGAGUCGGAGUCGCUCCCGGUCCCGCAGCCGAUCCCGCUACAGCCGCUCCAAGUCCCGGUCCCGCACUCGUUCUCGCUCGCGGUCGACCUCCAAGUCCCGAUCUGCGCGAAGGUCCAAGUCCAAGUCCUCGUCGGUGUCCAGAUCCCGGUCGCGCUCCAGAUCCAGGUCUAGGUCCAGGAGUCCUCCCCCCGUGUCCAAGAGGGAGUCGAAGUCCAGGUCUCGAUCCAAGAGCCCCCCCAAGUCUCCAGAAGAGGAGGGAGCCGUGUCCUCGUAAGAAAACGGUAAUGUCUGUGGGGACCCGAGACACAGCCUUGAUUCGUAAAUGGGGUUUGGAGUAGGUCGUAGCCGUGCUAGGGUAAAGGUGACUCCUGGCGGCAGGAGUGCUGCUCUGAAGGUGCUCGGCUUUGGGAGUGAUGCUGCAGAGGGGUCUGCAGGAAGGAUGUGUGUUAAGCUUAGAUAAUAAUGGCUGUUUCGUGAACUGUUUUGAGACCUAUUAAUGAAAAUGAUUAUUUCUUGCUGUUUUUAUCCAACGUCUGCAUUUUCCCCCUUUAAAGCUGCGGUCUCCUGUUUGAUAAAAGAAUAUUGGCCAGUAUUGCAGAUUUUAACUGAUUUGGCUGAUCCUCCAGGGACCAGUUUCUGUGGGCGUGUAUUGGAGCAGGUUUGUCUUUAAACGUUAAAGAUGCACUAUCCUGUUAGAAAACAAAACGAUCAGUUCAACUAUUGUUGUACUGACUGGGACAUCAUAUUCUAAUGGAUGUGGCAAAGGAAUUGCAAAUACGAAGCAAUGAGCUUUUGGAACCCCAAAAGAAAGUUUACAGGUAUUGCGCUGGGUGGGGAAAGGAUAGUGUGUCUUUAACUCUCAAAUUGUUUGGUCCUAUUUUUUAAAAGGAAAAGGGCCCUAAGUAGCUCGGAUAAAAACAUUCUUGAUUGCCAAAUAUUUCAUUUGAAAAAGAUUUCUUAAGACGUAGAGUAAUUUCAUGUUGCUUUUGUUUGGAUACAGACCUUUUUUCCCCCUCCCUUUUUUUUUUUUUUUUUUUUUUUCCUUUUUCCCCCCUUACCUUUUUUUCACCUUGGUUAUUUGGCCAAGAAAUCAAAUAAUUCAAACUUGUAAAUAACGACUUCGAAAAAUUUCCUAAUUGGGCCUUUUAAAUCCUCUUAAAUGGCUGGGUGGAACCUUACUGUAACCUAUUUGUUUCACCAGAGCCUUAGUAAGUACAGACCUGAAAACUGAAACCAUGUGCACCUCGGUACCUUUUUUUAAGGGAAGGUAAACUGAACUUUUUUUUUCAAACCUAGAUAAAUCGGCAAGCAGCAUAACCGGACUUUGGGGGAAAGGACCACGAACUCAGUCCAUCGGUCCAUCGAAGAGUCCUUGGAACAAGCAGCUGGCUAUUGAAAAGGUUAUUUUGUAACAUUUGUCUAACUUUUUACUUGUUUUAAACUUUGCCUCAGGUGGCAAACUUCAUUUUUUUGUGCCAUUUUGUUGCUGUUAUUCAAAUUUCUUGUAAUUUAGUGAGGUGAACGACUUCAGAUUUCAUUAUUGGAUUGGAUAUUUGAGGUAAAAUUUCAUUUUGCUUAUAUAGUGCUGACUUUUUUUGUUUGAAAUUAAACAGAUUGGUAACCUAAUUUGUGGUCUCCUGACUUUUAAGGAAACGUAUGCAGCCAUUACACACAGCCUAAAGCUGUCAAGAGAUUGACUCAACAUUGCCUUCAUUCCUUAAAAUUAAAAACUACAAAAGUUGGUGUAAAUUUGUUUAUAUAUUAUUUACUUUCAGACCUAAAUGGUAAUCUGAACCCAAAUUUGUAUAAAGACUUCAGGUGAAAAAAGACUUGAUUUUUUUUUUUUUUUUAGAAAGGAUUGUUUACCAAACACAAUUCUAAUCUCUUCUCUUAUGUAUUUUUGUGCACUAGGCGCAGUUGUGUAGCAGUUGAGUAAUGCUGGUUAGCUGUUAAGGUGGCGUGUUGCAGUGCAGAGUGCUUGGCUGUUUCCUGUUUUCUCCCGAUUGCUCCUGUGUAAAGAUGCCUUGUCGUGCAGAAACAAAUGGCUGUCCAGUUUAUUAAAAUGCCUGUCAACUGCACUUCCAGUCACCCGGGCCUUGCAUAUAAAUAACGGAGCAUACAGUGAGCACAUCUAGCUGGUGAUAAAUACACCUUUUCCCCCUACUCCCCCAAAAUGGUAAAUCUGAUCAUCUUCAUGUACGAACUU